UCCACCCCCCUCCCUCCCUCCCUCCCUCCCUCCCUCUCUCUCUUUCUGUUUUUCUCCCCACCCCGCUCUCAUUCCAUCAGGUCCUUACAACACACACCGCAGCCUCCGAACGCCUCAUCUCCUCCACCAGAGCGAGAGGAUCAGAGAGAGGGAGAAUAGAAGUGACGGGAGAACAACAGCAGCAUCACUGACAAGCAUCUCCCUCACUGGGGGAGAGAGGGAGAAAGAGGAGGAGUGGGAAGAGUGAGGAGAAAAGAGCAGAGAAAGAGCAAAACAGUGAGGGAAAUAAGUUUUUAGUUGGAGGGAGGAUAAGCGAGGGAGAGUUUGGAGUGAGAGAGCGUGGUGGGUGGCAGUGGGGGGAUUGGGAGCUUCUUUUUUCCCUUUUCUAUCAUCGGUUGUGAGCACCGCCUGCCUCCUCUCUUCUCCUUCUCCCCUCCUCCUCCUUCUCCUUUUCUUCCUCCUCUCUACUCCUCUUCUCAUCCUGACUCUCCCCCCAGCUCCCGCCGUGGGGUCUCAGCUCUCCAUCUCCCUCCCCCCCUCCCUCGCUCCCUACCUCCCCCGGGCCCUCCUGGGAGCCUCCGGGCUGCUGCGCCGCAGGAGGAUGUCUCGCAGGGAGUCUCCGCCACCGCCCUCGCCACCUCCACCUCCGCAGCUGCUGGGUUUGCGGAGAGGAGAGCUGGAGUGUGAUGAUCGUCCGGAGCGCACAGAGCCACUGUCUGAUGCCGAGAGGGAGGUCAUCCAGGACACGUGGGGGCAUGUGUACAAGAACUGUGAGGAUGUGGGGGUGACUGUGCUCAUCAGGUUCUUUGUCAACUUCCCAUCGGCCAAACAGUAUUUCAGCCAGUUCCAGGACAUGGAGGAUCCAGAGGAGAUGGAGAGAAGCAGCCAACUUCGGCACCAUGCCCGCAGGGUGAUGAAUGCCAUCAAUACUGUGGUGGAGAAUCUCCAUGACCCAGAGAAGGUGUCCUCAGUGCUGGCUCUGGUGGGAAAGGCCCAUGCUAUCAAACACAAGGUGGAACCCAUGUACUUCAAGAUCCUGAGCGGCGUAAUGCUGGAGGUGUUGGCUGAAGAUUUCCCAGAGUUCUUCACAGCAGAGGUGCAGAUGGUGUGGACCAAACUGAUGGGAGCGGUGUACUGGCAUGUGACAGGGGCCUACACAGAUGUUGGCUGGCUCCAGGUCUCCAGCUCAGCGGUGUGAAGAGUUUGGAAGAAGAGGAGGUUAAAGGAGAUUCAAUUGCAAGGAGUUCUGUGAGGAUGGUUUCACAGACAUGGAUAUGAUUAACGUGGUAAUCCGUGCUACUCUGUUCAUUAUUUUGGUGACAUUUUGGUGCUAAGCGUUCAUUGCUGUGAUGUCUCGACAUCACACUUCCCAGAGAUCACUUGGACACCAAAUAAUGUAGCCAGGCAACAUUUUACUUUACUCCUAAGGUAACUGUAGUUAAUAUAGGUGAUGCUUUGGCCUGUGUUUUAAGCAACAGAGGGUAUCGCUGCUGAUGCUGACCAUCCAGUUCUGCUACCGUUUAGUCCAAGCGAACAACACAUCACUACCUGUGUGACAUGAGGUCUUCCCCAUUGAAGAGCUGCAUAGUGCUUAGACAAGCAAAUCCAAAAGCUUUAAUAAACUGGUUGAUUUUAUCACGGUUUUGAUAAUCAAUUGACAACUGACCCUUCCCUAAACCAUGUCCCCCGUUAUUACUGAUGCCAAAUUGUAAUUUAUAGAAGUAAAGUAGAUUUAAAAUAUAAUUUAAAAAAACACUUAAUUUGAAAAUGUUAGUCUACUUUACAUGAUAAGUUUUAGUUAAUCACUUUCCUGAGUUUAUUUUUAAGCAAGAUCACUUUGUCAACUUCUACAGUGUCGGCCUGUCAAGCUUAUAAAAAUACAGUUUUACAAUGAUAAGGUUUCUGCACUGGACACUCAAAACUCACUUUUUAAAAACAACCGUCCCUUGAUGUCAAACAGAUGAAUAAGUAUUCAAUCAACUUUAGCUAGCCAGCUAAUUAAUGUUGGCUAAAACCCUGUAAAAGGGUCUGAAAUAGGCACUUGAAAGCUUCACAGCAGCUAUGUGAUAUUAUGCUAAAAUGCUAAAGCUAAGAAACAAAGAAUCUGUAGGCUACUGUUCUUAUAUUGUGGUGUAGCUAGUUUGUUCAAGUAUUAUGGUACUAUAUGAUUAAUGUUAGUAUGUAAUACUAUACAAUAUAUGUGUCCAUCUAACGGGGAACGUUGAUAACCUGUAACAACACAAACUUAGUUACUGAUCUACUCUGUGGUCUUGGGGGUAUUGCUGGGGUAGGUUAUUGAGCAAGCUCUGGAGUGUUGGCAGGUGUGCUGUGCAUUGCUCUAACUCCAGCUUCAUGCACACUCAUUGAGCUUCCAAAGCUUGACAGGCCUGCUGUGCCUAGUUACAGAUAAGCUAACCUUAUGUUGGACAAUCGCUGUUCAGGGUCAGGUUUUAGUGAACUGCCAGCUGUGGGUGGCAGAAACAGACAUUUAUUUAUGUGAAAGUGUUGCGGAUUAUGACUUUACAGAGUUCAUUUCUGUGGAAACCCGUGGUGAGUGAAGCAUCCUCUGGCCAAACCGCACAAAUGAAUUGACCUCAUAAUUUUCUGAGAGAGAGAUUAAGAAAUGUUUAGACAAGAUUUUUAAGCUCUGAGUGGGGGGCAGUUAGACAUUGAAGCCCCGGCUUUGAGACCAUGGAGCUGCUGACUGUUAAUAGAUUCUCUUUGUGUCCUACUACAAUAUAUCCUCAUGUUCGGGGCACUUACGCCCCUUUCUUUCUCUGUAUUGAUGCAUUGCGUGCUCUUAAUGUCUUGUUUAACUUUACAAAGGUGUUGUUUGUAUUAGUGUACAGUGGGCAAGCGUGCAUACUCUUCUGCCUUUGUUUAUAACUCAUUGACACGGCGAUUUGUUGACGUGUUAAAGAGGGCUGUUUUUUCUUCACUAAAUGUCUUGAACUAGCGGCAAUGCUUUCACUUUUUAUUUGCCUGUCGCUGUCACUACAAAAACGCAUCGAACAUGGUGAAAGUGAGAUGGAAAAUAUCAGCAGGUGGACUGGAUCAACUUCCACACACAGGCAUGCUAUAGGACCUCCCCGAUGAUAAUAUUUACAGGACUGUCGGUUAGUUUACGUCUUUGGAAACCCAUCAGAGAGACGUGCUCCAUUAAGGGCUUUAGAAAGUCACUGUGGAGGUCAACGAAAAACAUGUCAGCUUUAGAAGUGCCAUCAGUUGUUUCCUUUAGACCUAACCAUCACAACCUACAGACAUCACAUUUAGUUUUCUGCCGCUCCUCGAACAUGCUGCAUACCGUCAAACUAACUCUGUUUACCUUACUUGACCUCCUUGUCUCGUCACCUGUACUUCAGUAAUCAGAUCGCGUGAACUCCCACGAGCAGUCCCCAUCUGCGAGUCUCUCUCUAGUCAAUUCCCAAACAUACACGGUAAAUCUGUUUAGGACGGACAUUUGAUCCAAUCUUCGGUUUGCAUCUGCUCCAGUGACGUCCUGUAUCUCCCAUCUGACUCCCCUUGGCAUCGGCAUCUGGCAUUAAUGAGGAAGUAAUGAGUCUCCUCUCCUCCUCAUUUGGUCAUUCAUCUACUGUAACUUCCCAUUGCCUCCAUGAGGACCGCGCCACUGAGAACAAAAACAAUUAAGACCAGACAGAUGGUUAUAAACCCGCCAUGGCAUGUUAGCCAUUCACAACAAUGCUCUCUAAAAAUGUCUUUCAUACAGAUGAGUUUAAGCAGUUACAUUAAAGAAUAAAUAUUGGAAGCAAAAUAUUUAUGUUGUGUUUUAAGCGACUUCUUUAACAUAAUCUGCUUUGAAUUAGACCACUUAGACUUUUCAGACCAUGCCAGCAAAAAAAUCACCUGAUCUUGAGAUAACAACAUUAAACCAAUAAUUGAAACAGUUAAAACAGCCACAGCCAUUCCUGGCCUCAGCAUCUGUUAAACCAUUUACAUUCAACUUGAAGACAGGUUUACUAAGAGCUCUCAUUAAACAAGCUCCUUUUCAAGUUGAAAUGGAGGGUUGUGAGCCUGUGUCACACAGUGAUACGUCAGACAAGUGGAUAAAAAUACACACAAUAGUCAAACAAACCUUUAGGUAAACUAUUUCCACUUUGGCUCAAAUAGCUCUGGAGGCUGUAAAGCUGGUGUCUGUCACAAAAGACCUGUUUCAAAAUACACAUCAGUCCUAUUACUCGACUUCUGACGUCAAACGUCCCUCUGCAGUCGGAUCUCAGUGAGGUUCAGGAAUAUUUUUGUUCAGCAGAAUUCCCCCGACAUGGUGUUUAUUAAACACUGUGUGGUGUGAAGGCCAUCUGCAAUCACACGAUUGACAUGUACCGUUACUCAGAAGCUACAGGUUUUAUGCCCCUCUUUGUCUUUAUUUGGCAUGUAGCUCAUCACACACACACACACACACACACACACGAUUAUGUGCAAACACAUCCCAGUGACUUUCAUUUGCUUUCUUUACCACUCCUCUUAUUCAUACACACACACACGGUCUUGCAUUAAAUUGGCCGGAGACACGCAUGUCCGCGCAUGCCAAGCGUACUACAACAGGACUUAGUCCAAUAUAUAUAUUUGUAUCAGUUUAAGAUGAAAAAUAGGCAAACCGUCUUCACUCAUCCAUUUCAUGCAUUUGUUCAUUUUCAGCAAGUAAGGGCAUCACAGCAUAUAUGGAACUUUGUGUUUUUGUUGUGAAAUGUUUCCUUCUAUCAGUUGAAAAGUUAGGACUUUAUAUUUUUCUAAAUAUAUCUAUGAGAAGGAUUCUAUGUAUUUCAAAACUGUAUGAAUAUGUCAUUGUAUACUGCCUUGUCGGUGGGAGCGAGUGCAGUUGCUUUGUAGUGUUUUGAGCAUGUUUGCACAGCCUACCACAGACUUGUACCUUCGCAGACCUGGUGAAAAUGAAUCAUGACCAUUAAUAAAAUAUACUUGUACAUUUGUCUCUGUA